CUCCCUUCUCUUACAUGUUGCCCAGUGCUCGUGUGCAGGACGAGGCUUCCGGCCAUGUGGGAAUUUCUCCUAAUAGUGGCUCUCGGUUAAAUCCGCAUGUUGGUACGGACGUCAGUGCAGCAGCCUUAUCAGACGUGGCGAGCAGAAGCAGAAGUCCUUCAAUCUGUGCAGCCUUGAGGAUUGAGGAAGCUCAACUUCACUUUCCCUGCCAGUGGAGCAAAUCUCGCAGAAAGAGUAAGAAACUACCACUUUUGCCGCUUUCAUCAAUUUCCCAGAAGAUGAGUUUAUCUUUGGUGAAAGAGGGGAAAAAAAAGCUUUGAUGAGAUCUUCACUUGACUACUGCUGAGGACCAGGAGUUCUAGUAAUUCACCCUUCUGUGAAAAAGGUCUGGACAGCACCAGCGAGGCACCGAAGCUGCUCCGUCACAUGGACGUGGACACUGAACAGCUGUUGCAUUUACCAUCUUGUCUCGGAGAGAAACCAGACCGUUCGGGAGCAACACAGAGCUGCACGAGGAUGCCGGGAAAACUUGUUCGCAUCGAAGCACCUCGUACUUAGCAACUGAUGAGGAUGAGAGACCGUGUGAUGACCUACCUGUAUUUGACAAGUGUGUUUUUCACCUCGUUGGAGAAAGGAGCGCGCAGGGAAAAAAGUCAGCGAGGGGGAACAGGGGCGGGGAAGAGCGAGCCAGUGAGGGAAGGUGUGAAGCCAACGCUGUGAAAGAGAGAACUAGAGAAGCUGGGAAAGACAGAGAGAGAGAGAGAGAGAGAGAGAGAGAGAGAGAGAGAGAGAGAGAAAAAAAACUGACUGCCAGACUGACGGAGUAAAAGGAGAAACAGCGUAUCAAAGACCUGGCCAAGCGCCCAUUUAACGCUGCAGGAUUGUGUUUUGUCAGAGCCAUACAGGGAAAUCUCUUAAUGGAGCCACAAACCAGCACCUCUCUCUGACCCAUCAUCAGUAACACAGACCAACAUGGAAGUCGACCCUUCAAACAGCACUUUUGCCAACACAUCACAUGUCCAGGCGACUCCCCACAACGUGUGGGAGGUUAUUACCAUCGCUACAGUGUCAGGCAUCGUCAGCUUGAUAACUAUCGUUGGUAACGUGCUGGUGUUGCUGUCCUUCAAAGUCAACAGCCAGCUGAAGACUGUAAACAACUACUACCUACUGAGUCUGGCCUUCGCUGACCUCAUCAUCGGAGUGUUGUCAAUGAACUUAUACACCACAUAUAUCCUGAUGGGUUCCUGGUCCUUGGGAAACCUUGCAUGUGAUCUCUGGCUAGCAGUGGAUUAUGUUGCCAGCAAUGCUUCAGUUAUGAACUUACUCGUCAUCAGCUUUGACAGGUACUUCUCCAUCACGAGGCCGCUAACUUACAGGGCUAAGAGGACUCCCAAGAGAGCUGCCAUCAUGAUUGGCCUCGCAUGGCUGGUGUCUUUUGUCCUUUGGGCGCCACCCAUUCUGUGCUGGCAAUACUUUGUAGGAGAGAGAAAAGUGCCUCCUGACCAGUGCCAGAUCCAGUUUUUAACAGAGCCUGUGAUCACAUUUGGUACAGCCAUUGCUGCUUUCUACAUCCCUGUCUCUGUUAUGACAAUCCUCUACUGUAGGAUCUACAAAGAGACGCAGAGACGCACCAAAGAUUUGGCAGAGCUCCAAGGCCUGGCUACGGAAAAUGUUCUAGAAGGGACUAAACCACAGAAAACUAUCAUUAAUUCUUGCUUUCAUUUCACCAGAGAGAGGAGAGAGCGGAGUCAGGCCUCCUGGUCCUCAUCUAACCAAAGCAAUGCCACUAAAACCACCACCAGAUCAGAUCAGGCAUGGGUGAAAGCAGAUCAGGUCACUUCCUUUAACAGCUACUCCUCGUCCGAAGAGGAGGAGCAGCAUGUUUCAAUAGAAACCCCACAGGGAUCUUUCAAAGAGCAAGGUAGUGGGCAAAGUAAUAAGAAUGGACAGGUGGGUGAUUAUGCAGAAGAUCUGUACUUUUCCACUCCUCAAAAGAAGAGCAGUAAAAAACAGCUCUCUUAUAAAUUCAAACCGGGCUCUCGCUCAAAGGGUAAAAACGGCAAACCAAUGACUGCGACGCCCUGCCUGCUUAAAGAAGAAGAGCCCACCAAAAACGCCUCGCCUUCCUCCUCCACCACCUCCAAACCCAUCGACCCCGUCCUGAAGAACCAGAUCACCAAGAGGAAGAGGAUGGUGCUUGUGAAGGAGAAGAAGGCGGCCCAGACUCUCAGUGCCAUCCUGCUGGCUUUCAUCCUCACAUGGACGCCCUACAACAUCAUGGUGCUCAUCUCCACUUUCUGUACCGAGUGCAUCCCCAUGUCCCUGUGGCACCUGGGCUACUGGCUGUGCUACGUCAACAGCACCAUCAACCCCAUGUGCUACGCGCUGUGCAACAAGACCUUUCAGAAGACCUUCCGCAUGCUUCUGCUCUGCCAGUGGAGGAAGAAGAGGAGAGGGGACGACAAGCUGUACUGGGGUGGACAAAACCCAAAUGUCAACAAUAAAAUGACUUGAUGUGGCAAAAUGCUAUUAUAGAACUGAUUUAUUGCUUUUGCCCACAUGUGAUGAUUUUCUUGAUGUAUACUGUAGUCAGUGGUCAUCUUCAGCAUGAAGUGCUGCAUGGGGUUUUUGUGUUAAAAGUACAUGUCGGUGGAAAAUGAGCUGAGCCUGAUGCAGCACUUAAACUGCUGUUCCAGAUUAUUACAGCAAAGAAACCUCACGAAGGUGGCGACAAAUUAUCACAAUGGUUAAAAAAUAGAUUCAUAUCGUUGCAUCAAUCCAAUCGGUACUCCACCGCUUUUAUACAUUGAAGCCUGUUGACCGGCUUUGUAUAAAAAGUUGUAUAAAGAGUUUUGUUGCUCCAGAGGGAGCUGCACAAAGGCUGAUACAUUGCCUCAAAUGAUGUCACUCGGGUCAGCAAUCGGUUGCUGAAAACUACAAGUUUGGAAAUGAAAAAAAAUCUGGGGGUGUGCAUUUAGAAAGAAGUGAGUUUACCAGACCUCUGUGGCUCACUCCUGAUCUCAGCUGCAGACUAGCGGCUCCAGGCUACAUUAGCUGCUACUAGCAUAACACACCAAAAAACAGUCAGUGGUUACGUUGCAUUUCGGGUAAUGUAGGCGCCAGGUUACAUUAGAAGAAGAAGAAGAAUGUGUGGAAUAAAAAAGUUGAUAUCUCUGGUUCUGCUGCAUCCAUUUUGAAACUGUCCAUCAUGAGUCCAACAAUGUCAUAGCAGUGCCAUGCUAAAUAGGUGGAGUACUCCUUUAAUACAACACUCACAUGCCAAUAUGUACGUUGAAAGAGUUAUUGGUAUGCUGUCCUCCUCUCCAUCGUGGCAAAUAAAGUAAUCUCUUCCCCAUGACUCAAAUGUAAAAAACAUUAGCAUGUUUCAUAGGUUCUGUAUUUUUUUUAGGUAAUUUAACUUUUUUGUGCAAAAAUCAUAACUGAAACAAAGCAUUAUUCAAUUUGUCUGAGGAUUCAGCUGCCUUUUUUUCAAGGAUUUUAACUCCUCCCACCCUGUGUGGCUUUUUUUCGGCCUUCUUCUGCUACAUAAUCACAUUUUUAGCAUUUUCUCUGAGCGUUUAAUAAUGACACGGAUGGGUUUAAGUUGUUGUUACUUGAAAGCUCUCAUAGAGGCGAUUAAAGGUGCCUUGUGCGGCGGUAACAGACACAGAGGGGCCUGACAAAGCGUUGGUAUUUGUUGCCUGGAAAUGAGAACAGGCUGACCAACUUCACCAGGGCCAUGUCAGCACAUUUCUAAUAUAGUCUGGUUCAUUUUCUUUAAUCUACAUGCUGAGGUUAUAAAACCCCGGCUUGAUUUAGCUAACUCUGGCAGACUGCGGAAGCCUUAUACUAACUUUAGUCACUAUGGAGGAAUCACUUCUCAACAAAUGUGGAAAGGAGGAAUUAGUAACAACAUGCUUUUGACGUACAUGAGCAUUUUUGUGUGUUAGCAUGUGGAUAAAAACACUGAACCACUCAUACGGUAUAAUCCUCCUUUAUUCUAUCGCUCACUUGCACUGUAUAUAAAGGACAUAUUGUAGGCAUACACAUUUCAAAGUAAUCUAUAGUAUAAUGAAUAUAUUUCACUGAUUCUGUUGGAUUUUACACAUCUCAAAUGGUAAAAGUAAAUUGCUUGGUGUAUAUCAGUGUUUAGUGAAUGUUUUAGUUUUCUAUCUUGGCUCUUGAAAUCGAUGUUUGAUCUUGUGUUCAAGGGCUAAUCUGUACAUUUCUGUGCAUUUAAAGCUGCAUUAGUGUCACGGUGGUAACAUGACAAAAGAGAUUGUUUAUGGAUCACACCUUUAUUCCUGUCACUUUUCAUAUUACUGCAACAACAACAAAAACAUGGGACACAUGGUAUUUAAACAUAAUGAAGCCUGACUACCAACAUGUCUAUCUGAUAGAUGAGUGAUGCUGUUGUAAAUGAUUGCACUUCUUUGUCUUUUAAUGAUGUAAUGUCAAAUGUUAUCUCCUUAAACUUUGUGCCUUUUGUUCUGCUCAGAGGCAAAAGAGCUUUGUGAAUGCAUUUUCGCUCAUUGUCCGUCUGUGCAGUUAUGUGAAAGUGAGUCUGUGUGUACUGAUUUGAACAGUGAAAUACAAACUCAAAGGCAGCAUGAACAUUUUCAGCAUCAUGUGCCAUGGAUGACAUGCACAAAUAUGACUGUUGCUGAAUGCAGAACAGAGCUUAGACCUCCCAGAGGUCAUCAGAUGUAAUGCUACUUCAGUCUUCAUUAUUAAAGGAUAAGUCUGGUGAUAUUCUAUAGUUUUCUUAUUGUCAACAAAAACUGUGAAAAGACCAAAAAUCUACAGCAAAUCAAUCCCACAAACAAGCUGUGUAGCCAAAACUUGGAUGUGUUUUCCUCUGUCAUAUAUCACCAUUGUUCAUUGAAUAAACUCUUGAAUAAACCACACAGGUCCACUGGGUGACGUGUUCCUUCAUUAUAAUGAACCUGGGCACGGCAGCUUGUUUUGAGUCAACCCCACAUACACCGUCCUGCUGCCGUGAAUGUUAACCUGCACACCGAACCCGCAGUUGAAUAUAGUCCCCAAUAAGUAAACCAUUUUCUCAUGUUUGAGCAGUAAAAAAGUAAGUAUAUAUUUAUGAUCCAUUUAUAUUAAAGAUCUAUAUCUUCAUGUAUCGAGUGGGCUUGGAGCUGAGAAAUAUAACA